UAUGGAAUAUGAAAAUACAUGGAGUUAUUUGAGAGCCAUGCAUUUUCUCCCACAGUUGGCAGACAGGUAUUUUCCUACAGCCAGGCGUCGCCCUGGGGAAGCGCUUCAUUUCGCCCCGCCGCUGGCUGCUGCCGUAGCAUGGAUGCUAGUUAACUAGUGAGCAACACGCAUGUUUAUCUUCAUCCGCAGGAGCGCAGUGAGCACACGGCGGAAGAGUUUUUAGUGGUGUUUCUCUCAUGAAUGGCUGUUAUCUGCCCCAUGACACAUGCUCCCACGUAAGUCACCCCCUCUAGAUACUGACUCUGAAGUGACUGUUACGUUACAUGUUAACUCGUUAUAAGAAAACGCGGGGGACUAAUGACGGACAUUUCUUUUGAAACUCGACAUUCGUUUGAGUCUUCGGUGGAGGGUGGAACCUUCAUCCUUCAGGUGUUCGCUGUCGGCCCGGAUAACUGAUGUAGACAGGCUCCUCAGACAGGACCCUCUAGGACCCAGUGGCGCCCUGGACGGGGUUAACCCGGGCCAGCCCUCAGACCUAACGGCCCCUCGCACCGGACACCGGACCAGCUUCUCUUCACCAGGACUGGGAGGACGUCGCGGCUCGGUGCCCCCCGUCUGGGUCUGGUCCUGCACUGUAACCCGUAUGUCUGUGAGAGGGCCUUUGGACCAGCGGUGGAUCUAUCAUGACAAGGCACGCCUGUGGUCUGCCAGCUGUACAGCCAGAGGAGGACCCAGACAGGAGUAAUACACAGCCUCACGUGCACAAUGGAUUCAACGCAGGGCUUCCCAAGAGGACUCACUCAGAGGACCUGAGUUCCUGAAGGCACCCAGAAGAUAGUGGAUUAGGCAUCGCGGCAAGAGAGUUUAUCUGAGGUUUUUGUGGAUUACGGUUAGCACUGUCAUCUGAGACAGAGACACACCUGUGAUCACAUGACAUCAUCGUGCUAAAGUCUAGUCUGGAAUAAUCUUACUCACUGGACACAGACCGACUUGGAGUCCCUGGACUCCACUUCUACAGCCUCUUGUUGAAGUUGUCCUCUCGGAGUGCUUGGAGAAGAACUACUUUGGUCAAACCCCUUCCUGUUUUCUGUAAUCCCACCAAGAGGAAUGACCAUGCAUUGAAGACUGAACUGGAAGCCUUAGCAAGAGUCAAGUUUACAAAGAGUCAGCCAUGCCUCUCAGAAAAAAAGACACAGCUCGAGCCCUGGGGCUUUUGGAGGAGUUCUGCACUAAACUGAGGAAGCCGGAGGAGCAGCAGCUCAAAACUGCCAUUCUCAGAGUAAUGGGGAUUUUCAAAAGCAACUUGUUUGAAGCUCUUCUUGAUAUCCAGGAGUUCUAUGAAGUGACACUGCUAAACACACAGAAGAGCUGUGAGCAAAAGCUGGAGGAGGUCAACCACAUGGCGGACAAGUGGGAGAAGAGUGUUUCUUUACAAAACUCUGAGCUUACCUGUCCAGUGGAGGAGCAGAGAGAGCAGAGCAGCUCAGAACCCAGUGGGAUGGAGAAGAGAGAGAUCGGUUCCAGGACGUCUGAGAACAGGCCAUCAGCAGUACAGGGGCCACCCCACAACGGCCAGCCCCUACCCUGCAUGAACCCUGCCUUGAUGAAUGCUCCUUGGCAGUACCACUCCCAAGAAGACGACUCUCCGCCUCUUGACCAGGGAUUCCUGCGGCUCACCAACGAAGUGCGCGCCCCUGAGCUUGUGCACGUGUCCGAGAAGAAUCUAUCUGAGAUCGAGAAUGUGCACGGCUACGUGUCCCAUUCCCACAUCUCUCCUCUCAAGCCUGCACUGGUUACCCGUUUUGAUCUUGCAUACCCCGGUGUGACCACAGCAAACUACAUGGCCAGCCCUGCACCAAUAAUCGUCAACACAGACACUUUGGAGUCGGUUCCUUAUGUCAACGGCACAGAAAUUGCAUACGAGUUUGAGGAAAUCACUCUGGAGCGGGGUAACUCAGGUUUGGGCUUUAGCAUCGCCGGAGGCACAGAUAACCCACACAUUGGUGACGACCCCGGCAUCUUCAUCACCAAGAUCAUCCCUGGAGGAGCGGCAGCUGAGGACGGACGGCUGAGAGUAAAUGACUGCAUCCUGCGGGUGAACGACUCCGACGUGUCUGAAGUAUCUCACAGUAAGGCAGUAGAAGCCCUGAAGGUUGCAGGUUCUAUUGUUCGGCUGUACUUGCGGCGCCGCAGGCCGAUGCUCGAGACCAUCAUUGAGCUCAAACUCAUCAAAGGACCAAAAGGGCUUGGCUUCAGUAUUGCAGGUGGAGUUGGAAACCAGCACAUCCCUGGGGACAACAGCAUAUACGUUACCAAGAUCAUUGAUGGCGGGGCAGCAGAGAAAGAUGGCCGGCUGCAAGUAGGAGACCGGCUGUUAAUGGUGAACAACUACAGCCUGGAGGAAGUCUCCCAUGAAGAGGCCGUGGCCAUUUUGAAGAACACGUCGGAUGUUGUUUACCUAAAGGUGGGAAAGCCCACCAAUGUCUACCUAUCAGAUCCCUAUGGGCCUCCUGAUAUCACACACUCUUUCUCUCCAGCCAUGGAAAAUCAUAUCUCUUCCCCUGUCAACAGUGGCACUCUGGAGUACAAGUCUGGUCUCCCUCUCAUCUCCCCCGGGAGUUAUUCCCCCCUCCAUAAGCACUUACUUGGGGAAGAGGAUAUAAACAGGUUGGAUGGCUUUUCCUUCUUACGAAAUCCCUCGUUAGACGAUGGGGAGGGUCACAGGUUUGAUUCCCAGCACUUCCAGUUAAGGCCUCCUGAGCCAGUUUACAGCACUGUGAACAAACUAUGUGACAAAGCACCCUCCCCCCGACACUAUUCCCCAGUGGAGUGUGACAAAAUCCUCCUCCACUCCGUCCCCCUCCCAUAUCACUUAAGCCUGUUCCCUGACUCGGACUUCACCAGGGAACCCAGGAAGGUGGUGCUCCACAAAGGCUCCACAGGCUUGGGCUUCAACAUCGUGGGCGGUGAAGACGGAGAGGGCAUCUUUGUCUCCUUCAUCCUGGCAGGAGGGCCUGCAGACCUGAGUGGAGAGCUGAGGCGAGGCGACCAGAUUUUAUCGGUAAAUGGCAUUGACCUACGAGGAGCCACACAUGAACAAGCAGCAGCAGCACUGAAGGGAGCUGGACAGGUGGUCACCAUCUUUGCCCAGUACAGACCAGAAGAGUACGGGCGUUUUGAGGCCAAAAUCCACGACCUGCGGGAACAGAUGAUGAACCACAGCAUGAGCUCUGGGUCAGGAUCCCUACGAACCAAUCAGAAGAGAUCGCUUUAUGUCAGAGCACUGUUUGACUAUGAGAAGUCAAAGGACAGCGGCCUCCCCAGCCAAGGGCUCAGCUUCAGGUAUGGAGACAUCCUCCACGUCAUCAACGCCUCAGAUGAUGAGUGGUGGCAGGCCCGUCGUGUCACCCCACACGGGGACAGUGAGGAGAUGGGUGUCAUCCCCAGCAAGAGACGGGUGGAGAGGAAAGAGCGAGCGCGUCUAAAGACUGUGAAGUUCAAUGCCAAGCCGGGGUCAUUGGAUUCAAAAGGGUCAUUCAAUGACAUACGUAAAAAGAAUUUCAUCUUUACGCGAAAGUUCCCAUUCUACAAGAACAAAGAGGGUGAGCAGGAUGGCAGUGAUUCGGACCGGAGUCAAGAGGAUUUCAUUCUUUCAUAUGAGCCUGUGAUGCGGCAAGAAAUCAAUUAUGCCAGACCCGUCAUAAUCCUGGGGCCGAUGAAGGACAGAAUCAAUGAUGAUCUGAUAUCAGAAUUCCCAGACAAGUUUGGUUCUUGUGUGCCACAUACCACUCGGCAGAAGAGGGACUAUGAGGUGGACGGGCGAGACUACCACUUUGUGAUGUCCAGAGAGCAGAUGGAGAAGGACAUCCAAGACCACAAGUUCAUCGAGGCGGGACAGUACAAUGAAAAUCUCUAUGGAACGAGUGUCCAGUCUGUGAAAUAUGUUGCUGAAAGGGGAAAACACUGCAUUCUGGAUGUGUCUGGAAACGCCAUCAAACGACUACAAGUAGCACAACUCUAUCCCAUCGCCAUCUUCAUAAAACCUAAGUCCAUUGAUUCAUUAAUGGACAUGAAUAAGAGACUGACAGAGGAACAAGCCAAGAAGACGUUUGACAGGGCGAUGAAGCUGGAGCAGGAGUUUGGUGAAUUCUUCACAGCCCUGGUUCAAGGAGACACCUUAGAGGACAUUUAUAGCCACUGCAAACAGGUGAUAGAGGAACAUUCAGGACCCUAUAUCUGGAUCCCCUCCAAGGAGAAACUAUAAUAACUCAUCACCAUGGAAGGGAGCCUGGACAGACGAGUGAUACGUUUGUUGUAACAUGUGAUAACUGUAUGGCGAUGAAUUCAUAAAUAACUAUUGUGUUAUAUGUUUCAUGUGUUGUUUUUUUUCACUUUUGUUUGGUAACUGCUUCUUUCACUCAACAUGAAUGUUCCUGAAUGUAUUCCACAAAGUUUUAGGAAGAUUUAGGUCUUGAAACAUGAACGUUUGUAUGUUUCUGGAUUUUGACUUAAACACAGAGGAAAAUAAAUGUGAUGAAAGCUAAGGAACUGGGGAGUGUGUGGGGGCUGGAGGUGUGGUAUUGUGCAGGCGUCUUUUCUUUGCUAACAUUAGACGGAAAGUAGGUAUUCCAACUGACACACCCUCCCCUUUCCUUAACACUGCAACAAAGAAUCAUAUGAAGUUUAAUGUGUUGUCUAAUUGUGGGUCUAUGCAUCCCCUGAACAAAGCUUAGCUUUGUGUUUGUUUACAGCUUAUUUUCCUUCUUGGAUUACUGUAUUUAUUUCUCUGACAUGAAAAUGUUUUGUUCGCUGUAAAACGUUCACUAUUUAAAAAAAAAUCUUAUUUAAAAAGCACAUCACUCAUUCAGCUGUUGCAUUGACAAUGAUUAAAGGGAUAACGCUGCUAUUGGCAGAUGUAACACUAUAUUUUGCUACUUAAAUUGCUGGGGAGCACAAAAGCACAUAAUUAUUUAUUACUGAAACAAACUUUGAUUAAAAGGUCAUUUACACAGCAUGCUUUAUUUGAAUGAUGUAGUUGUAUGUUGGGACUGUGUUAGGGUGGAUGGGAACACUGGUGAAAGAGACACUUCAUUAGAAUUGGAGUGGAAAGGGUCAAAUAGUAAUGAAAUCUAAUACUGAAACACUUUUGUCUUUUGACAGUGGAGAAUGGGAAUUCAAAUAAAGAACCAAUACUUUUCUAAAGUAGCUCGUAGAACACGAAAAUGAAGUGAAAGCCAACAUUUUACAAAAAUACAGCCAAGUAAUACAUAUUGAUAUUCUGUGGAACAUUAUGAAGUCACUAAGACUAAUACAGGUGAGCUAGAAGCAGACACUAAUUAAGUCAGCUUGGUGUUCCUGAGUCUUAAUGACAGACGUUAGAUCAGGAUUGGAUUCAUAGCUAAGGAGGACCCAACACCCAGUCUGGCCCUGCUCUCUGGUUCAUAUCCAAUAUCUUGGUGUUUCCCUGUUUAGCCGCAGUAGAGGGAUUGUAACAUUGUAACACAAAGCAGGAAUUUUUUACUAAAACGACUGUUGAUUUGUUUAACUCUUAUUAGUUUCAGAUACACUUUUGAAUACCUUGUAUUGCUUAGAGUCCAGUACGAACAGGAGGAAUGACUACAGCAAGCAAAAGCUGGUUCAAUGUGCAUAUGGGCACUUGACUAUCAUUUUAAAACGGACAGGAAAAAUUGUUAGGCUGCCCCUAACAUAAACAUUUAAACUUGCCGAUCAUGGACACAAUACACUACUAGACAUGCGUGUCCUCAGGCUGAAUCACUAAUAGUCGCCAACAGAGGUACAAUCACGCCUGACCUCCUCCAAGUUGACCGGGAGACAAUUGCAAUCUCACUUCUGAGAUUCUUGCAGAAACAAUGACUCAACAGCCCUUUUGAACUCACACCCAGCCAUGCAACAAUGUUCAGGAGACAGGACAAUAACCCCGAGGGAGCAACAUAGAGCUCGGAGGCUGAGACCAGCCUUCUGAGAUGUAUUACUGUUUGUUGUAGAAGUGGAUGAGCCCUGACGUCAUGAGCAGACGCAGCACGGUACAGUGUAUGCACCAGUUUACUCACCAGUGGCUUGUCUUGUUUUCAGGGCAUUAAGUAAAACAGUACUUUGCUUUGUUAAACAUCCAAAUUCGUAUGUACUUAAAGCACUGGGAAUGACUGAUGCACCAGUGUGAUAACCCUCCUGUUCUGUUAUACUGCAUCUCCCAUUAGUCGUUAGAUUCCCGUGACAACAAUCUGGGUGAUGGAGAAUAUAUUCUAGCAUUCCUGCUAUUGGAUGUUUUUCCCCAAGCUGUUAUCAAGUAAAUAUAGUAGUCACAUUGAAUGCUGGUAUGUUUCAUAUAUUGGUCACCACUUGCCUUAAUGGAGUAGACUUGCUCUACAUCAGAGAUGAAAGCUUGUAAAUGUACUUUUCCUUAAUGCAACGUUAUAUUUAAUCUCCCUUUACAUCUAAACUUCAGUAAAAGAUGGCGCUUGUAUAUAAGGUGUCAUUAUAAGGAGGGUGCUGACGCCUGAUAAAACUAAAUUAUUAAUAUGUAUUUAUUUUCUUAAAGAUUAGCAUUGCUGUGGCAAAAAGAAAAACAUUUUAAAGGUCUGAAUGCUGGGACACGUCAAUAUUUUGAUCCUUGUCUCUCGAUAUUGUUUUUGGUCAACAAUAUGACAAGUAAAAUAUCGCUUCAUACACUAGCUUGAUUAUAAUGCUGAACCUAAUACACUACUUUCAAAGUCAUUGUGAGCAUCGUAACACAUUAACAGGCCAGCGGGGGUUUAUGUGUAGAAAUGUAAAGGAUGUCUGACCUAUGCAUGUUGCAACUGUCUUCUGUUUCCUCUGGAUGUGCACUCUUCAACACAUCUGAAGCAGGGACGUACUCACUGUGGGAUCAAACUGCCGAUUUGAAUCAUCCAACCCAGACUUAUGUCUAUUUUAAACUCAAUUAAAAAACACUGUUGUAAGA